AUGGCCGACGAUUCAGCUGAUCUAAAAAAGCGUCGCACAUUCAGAAAAUUUUCGUUCCGUGGAAUAGAGCUGGAUGAUUUGCUGGAGAUGAAAAAUAACCAACUUCUUGAUCUCUUUCAUGCACGCGCCCGUAGAAGAUUCACCCGUGGUCUUAAGCGCAAGCCAAUGGCUCUUAUAAAACGCCUUCGUAAAGCCAAGCUCGAAUCUACAGAACAGGAAAAGCCAGCUGUUGUUAAGACCCAUCUGAGAGACAUGAUUAUUGUACCUGAAAUGAUAGGUUCUAAUGUUGGUGUCUAUAAUGGCAAAACCUUCAACCAGGUUGAAAUUAAGCCAGAGAUGAUUGGCCACUAUCUUGGUGAAUUUUCCAUCACCUACAAGCCUGUCAAGCACGGAAGACCCGGUAUCGGUGCAACCCAUUCUUCUCGCUUCAUUCCUCUUAAAUAA